CUUCACCUCUCCCAAAAAUGGUAGUAGUGAAUUUGGUCCAAACAAUCCAACGCAGUUAGAAACCUCGAAUUGGUUGUUAGUACAAAAUCAACCAUAGUUGGAUAAUCGAAAUUACAGUUCUUGCCUUAGCUGUUACUUAAUUGGAUAUGGUUUUCCAAGGUAGUGACCUCUCUACCUCACAGCGGCAUUCACUUUGUCUUCUUUGUGUGAUUUGUGAUACCAUAAAGGCAUAAACCCAUCUAAAUGCCAGAAGUCCUCUCUCUUUUGCUCUCUUCCUUCUGUCAGUUCUCUUUCUCUGUCAAAAUCGAUUAAAACUCCAUAAAUACUAAACAACUAUUUACCAGAUGUGAAGGUCACCGUGCCUUCUUUUAAUUACGAUCGGUGACAGCUGACAGCUAGCCGGACAGCGAACCGACAACCCUUUUUGCCAUAUUCCAAAUCCUGUACCAUCCACAGCCGUCCAUCCAGACCUCAUCAGAAGUCAACAAAUCUAACGGCUCACAUCACUCCCCAGCUCUCUUCUCCAAACCCCUAAAUGACUGCGUCUGCGUGCUAACUGCUAAGUGCUAACAGUAACAACUCUCAAGUCACUGAAAUCGGAGCCCAGUGGGUUAAUUAAUUACUGACCCUCACUUCUAAAGUCCACACCUUUCUUCUUCUUCUUCUUCCACUGCAGCCUCGGCAUUUCUAACAAAGCGAGAUCUCAACUGGGUCUGGUUAGAUCCAGAUAUUCGCUACGUUUCCCUUGUCAGCAAAAUGUUUAGGCUACUGCUCAGAUCAAUGUCAAGUUUGUUCCUUUUCAGUGUUCUGUUUUCCGUCGCGGGAUUUCUGGUUGAGGGUUCGGUCCACGAGUAUAAGGGGGAGAAAUUCGUGGGGAGAGGGAAUGCCUUAGUCGUUCAUGGCGGCAGUGAAGGGAUUUAUUUAUCCCGGCCUUCUUCCAAUCUCAGCGACAAGGCCGCUAAUGGAGAUGCCUUCAUUCGCUUCGAAAAGUUCACAUUCCGAAGACCCAUGGACGUGCAUAACUUCACUUCAGGACUAGUACAUGCUAUCAUAUUCGAAGUAGAAGACAGAGAGCUGAUCGGUGGUUCAGCCUAUGGGGGCCAGAGAGCAAUCUGCUGUACUCCCGAUCUUGCAAAACUCGAUGCCUGCACUCAAGGAGAGAUCAUCCAUCGUCCUUCAACAACAAAUCCAGGCUUCCCCUAUGUACUCACCGACUCAUUCAAUCAUGACAAAGACGUGGCGACGCUACCAUCGAGGUCGAUUGAGAUCACCAAAACUGGCAUGUACAACCUAUACUUCGUGAUCUGCGACCCAAAUCUAAAAGACGUGGUAGUAGAAGAAGGGAAAACUAUAUGGAAGAACCCUUCAGGGUACCUCCCGGGAAGAAUGGCUCCACUAAUGAACUUCUAUGCAUUCAUGUCCAUUGCAUUUGUUAUACUCGGGAUCUUCUGGUUCUCACAGUAUGCUCGGUUUUGGAAGGAAGUUUUCCCACUGCAAAACUGCAUUACUCUGGUGAUUACCUUAGGGAUGUUGGAGAUGGCAUUGUGGUAUUUCGACUAUGCGGAGUUCAACGAGACUGGGAUUCGGCCAACUGGGACCACUGUGUGGGCAGUUACAUUUGGCACUGUGAAGCGCACGGUGGCACGUCUAGUGAUACUGAUUGUUUCAAUGGGGUAUGGGGUGGUGAGGCCAACAUUGGGAGGGCUCACAUCGAAGGUGCUAAUGCUAGGAGGGACAUUUUUCUUGACUUCUGAAGUGCUUGAGUUGGUGGAGAAUGUUGGUGCGGUGAGUGAUUUUUCAGGCAAGGCCAUACUGUUCUUGGUUCUUCCAGUGGCACUCUUGGAUGCUUUCUUCAUCCUCUGGGUAUUCAAAUCACUUUCUGCCACGUUGAAUAAACUUCAGGCAAGAAGAAUGAUGGUCAAGCUUGAUAUAUAUCGGAAAUUCACGAAUGCUUUGGCUGUAGCAGUUGUUGUUUCAGUUGGUUGGAUUUGCUACGAGUUGUACUUCAAAUCUCACGAUGUUUACAACGAGCACUGGCAGAACGCAUGGGUGAUUCCAGCUUUCUGGCAAUUCCUCUCCUUCUCCCUCCUAUGUGUCAUCUGUGUUCUUUGGGCUCCCUCACAAAACUCCAUGCGGUACUCUUACUCAGAUGACAUCAACGACGAGUUCGACAAGGAUGAGAGUUCCUUGAGACUCAUUAAACCGGCUUCCUUCCCCACAAAGGAUGGUCUACAUGCAUCAGAUCCCAGACCUGUCUCGCCUAGCAAUGGAGCAACCGAUGGCGACACAGGAGAGGAGAAGACGGCGUGAGAUAAGGGUAGUACGAUAUAGCACAUGGUAAUGUUUGAACAUUGCACUAGGGUAAGACUAACUUGAGGAUAUAUGCCCUUUGUUUCUUUUGCAAUAGUGAGAGAAUGAGUUGAGAUAUUCUGUUACCCUUCUUACCUCUUAGUUUCUUUGUAGUAGUUUCUUACUUUCUUUUCCUUUUUGUUUGGCUCAUGAUGUUCCUCUCAGUGUAUUUUGCCACACAUAGGUUGUUAUAUAGGAAAGGAGCUUUCCUGAAGGCGGCUUGUUGAUGUUGUUGUUCCUAUUUUGAUUUGUGAUACCCCAUUUAUAAAUUCUUUAGAAACCUUCCUCAUCUUAGUUUGCAAGUCUCUUUCCAUUACCAAACCUUUUUGGUAGGUUAUGAAGACAAGGACAUUGAAUUGUUUUGCCUUUCCUAGAACGUGUUUGUUAACUAAAUUAACUGAAAGGCAUUGGAUGCAAAGAACAGGGCCAACUAUAUCAGCUCCUUUUGAAAAUGACAACAAUUGUCAAUAAGCCACCAAUAAUGGUUUGCCCUUUUUAUUGUAAGAGAGAAAGAAGAACAAAAAUUAGUGGGGGGAGUGAUGGCUCUUUGGACAAGCAAUUUGCAACCUUAUUCCAAGUUUCUAUAAUAUAUAAUUAUUGAAUCUCUGUACAUCUUAACUUAUAGGAUGAUAUGAUCUUUUUUCGAUCCAAUCUUUAUAUGAUAAGAGAUUUCGAUAUCGAAUCAUUAUUAUCAAUUGUAUUAAACGAUGAGAACUAAUGGAAAUCUAAUAACUCGAGUUGUAGACAACUAAAGUUGAGGAAAUUUCUGGUGCUCUAUUAGGAAACAAGGAAAGGAAGCAAGCAAGAAGAUUGAAAUAUCACAUUUCAAACUGCUCCCUUCUUAGAUGUGGUCUAUUUUGGCAAAGUUGAUUGUUGACUCAUACUUCUUCCCUUCUUUUGGGGGGAGAAAAAUCAAAGAUAAGACUUGCUUUCUCUAUCUAAUGAGUAAUGACCCAUUUAUGGAGCUGGCCAUAUUUGAAUGAACCAACUAUGAAAGAUGUAUGAGAUGUGAUUGUCCAUCUCCAUACAUUAGUUUAGUGGUAAUAAGUUAUACAUUUUACGCGGAUUAGUGUUGAUUUGUGGGUUCAAUUCAAUUCUAUAAUAUUUCAAUCGAAUAAGGUUGUUCGUAUGGUGGCAUGUCAAGCUGCUACAGUGCAAGUCUCCUCCCAAUUAGUUAUUGUCUAAUUUAAGAGGGCUGUUUAGGACUGCGUGAUAGAGAUUGUUGCUUGCUCUAAAUCAUUAAGGACCAAGUACCAAAAAAUUUGGACGUCCUAAACUUCUCCUCUAAAAAGAAACUAAAACCAUUCCUUGUUACUUAAAAUGGCGGCCAAUUGAUGACGAACCAAGGCAACAUUAAUCAAUAAUAAUUAGGGCAAUUGAUUGUACUUAAAUACGCCUCCAAGCUCAAGCAUAAAGGAAGCUGACAUUCCAAAUUCCAAUCCAAGCCAUGAUUAAUUACAUAACCCAAUUAAUCAAUCAACAAAUUUUGUGCCAGCCUAAGCCUGAGUUGGCUUUGGCCAAAUCACAAUUUAAUAAUGUUUGAGAUUUGAU